GCACAGUAUGCCAGCAGCACCAGAGCCCAUCCCUCUGGUGACACGCCGGCCCUCAGGUCAGAAAACCCCUCCCACCCGCAGCCCGAAUCCUGCCCCCGGACUGGCACAAUCUCCUGGCAGGGCGCGAUCCAUGCUGCUCGUAACGCCCAGGGCAACGCCCCCCAGAGCAUGAGCACCUGCCCCUCUGUCCCUGGGGCCACGCCUGCCCCGGUGGGCUCACUGUCACAGAGGAAGAGGCAGCAGUAUGCCAAGAGCAAGAAGCAGGGCGGCUCCACCAACAGCAGGCCGCCCAGGGCCCUGUUCUGCCUCACCCUCAACAACCCCAUCCGCAGAGCCUGCAUCAGCCUGGUGGAGUGGAAGUAUCCUUUCUGGGGCUCUCAAUGGAGAUAUACAGGGACUCUCUGUCUCUCCACAUGGGACCAUGGAAAACACCUGUGGCUUUUGGUCUAUUCGUUGACAGGCGAAAGCAGUCCAUGGUAGCCAUGAUGGCAAGUGUCAUUCUCUGAUAGUUAGCAUCCCUCCCAAGCACUAAACAAACAAGCAGCAACAAAAUCAUUUAUUCUGCAGUCUCUAUAGUGAUCAUGUAGCCUUGCCAUUGUCUGAGUCUUUUCUCUUCUAAGCUGAAAACACUCCCAGACCAGACCUCGGUUGGAGACAGUCUAGAGAGUUCAUUUGAGUGUAGUGCUGAAUGCAGACAUCACAGACAGUGUGUUUCUAAAGAUGGCACAUUAAGACAAUCCUAUGAUAAGGAGUAAGCUCUCCGUCAUCUAUCAAACUGAUGAUGUCGCUGUAUUUGAAAAUGUUUGCUUUAAGCAUUGUUCUUUUUACUUAAGCAUCUACCUUUACAUGACUGCAAUGUGCUCUCUCUGUUGACGCUCAUGUAUUGACUGUGUGCUUUGAUCAUUGUCCCUUAACUGUGUGCCUCAGACCCUUUGAUAUCUUUAUACUGCUCUCUAUUUUUGCCAACUGUGUGGCCUUAGCUGUUUACAUCCCCUUCCCAGAGGACGACUCCAACUCCACCAACCACGACCUGGUGAGCAUUCUAUUCUACAGUAUAGUUGGGCUUCAGGAAGUGAAAGUUGUCUAUAGUUUAUCUAGGAGAAUAUUUUCUGCUAUUGAAUACUGAGUUGACCAUGGCAUGGAUGGACGAUGUUACACCUUCAUCAGGGUACUUCUGGGGAAUCAGGGUACAUUCAGGAUUGGCACUACACUGUUGCAGUUGUAGACUGCAAUUUACUGUGCUUUGUGUGUUGCCGCUGGUGGAUGUGGCUCACCAUAGGUAGUCUGAAGAACACACACACACUGGGGAACACACACUGUUCAUGUUGACAUCACUAUGGCUACACAUAUUGGUCUUUAACCUGUCUGCUGGGCCUGGCUUGGGAUUGGUUGUUCCCUGCAUGGCCUCAGGGGUUUCCCGUCAUUAUUUGGUGAUGUAUCAUGUUUCGUUUGUUGACGCAAACAGUAUGCUACGCUAGUCUGUUCUGGAGGUCAUCUGUCCUGUGUGUCAUGCCCAGUCUGUUCCACACACAGUAGUGAGGGCUUGGAGAGGAGAAUGCCCUGAUCAUUUGUUAUACCAUGUUAGUUUCUUUAUGGUGCUGAUAUAAUCAUACACAGACUAUAUGUGCAGUGCAGCUGCAGCAUAACAUCAAUAAGGCAAUGAAAAUGAUGAAAUAUAAUCAUUUACAAUGAGCAGUUAUAGUUAUAGUUACAAUUAUAGUUCUAUGACCAGUUAUAUGUCAAUCAGCAAGUAUAGUUCUAGGACCAGAUAUAUGUCAAUUUGCAAUCAGUAACGGUGAUCAGCAAACAGAUGAUUGUGAAUUAUAUUGUAGCUGCCUCAUCAAGAGGUUUUGACCUCUUGACAUAACGGUUAAGGUGUUGGCUUGAUAGUCGCUGGACCCGGGUUUGAGUCCCGGUCGGGGCUACCCCCCAAAUUUGCUACACUGGUGUCAAAAGUGGGAUUGGGGGCCGUGGGGCGUGUACACAUGAGGGACUUGGUCUAUACCAAGUGGGGACACGCUCUCCCGAAGAAAGGUGGUAGCCUCUUGACGACCUCAUCAAGAGGUUUGGACUUCUUGGCGUAAUGGUUUGAGUCCUGGUCGAGGCUACCACCCGAAUUCGCUACAAUAUGUAACAGGUGGUUGGUCAAAGAUAUUUAAUUCCAUUUUGACACACAGAGCUGUAUACCUUGUAUCUCACGAUUUACAGAGAGUGGCACAGGGAAGGAUGACAUGAGAGGUGGCUAUAGAUAUUCAGAGUUUCUGAUGAGUUUCACUUCAUCUUUGUGUGUUAGAUUGACCAUCUAUCUCGGUUCUAUUCCAUCUCUGUGCAUGCAGAUCCAAUGGCAUGCCAGUCUCUAGAAAUAAACUACAAAUCCAUUUGAUCGUCAGGCUGCUAACUGUUAAAAAAGUGAAAAGAUGUUAGUCCUCUUUAGAUUGUACUGGAAGACGCAUGCCUGUGAACUUGUCGUGCUGUGACUGAAAUUGCCCUGAGAUCUUCUUAGAGAAAUAAGUAUUAAAAAACAGAUCUCUGGUCAGCAUCAUCUCAUGUCCAAGCUUUAUUUUAUGGAGGUUUUCUCUAUUCUCAAAGCCCUCGUCAGAAUAAAUACAUUUUAAAAUAGCAGGAAGGAGAUCAUAUAAUUUAUUUGUUGUAAAUUGCUGGAGGUAUAACGCUGUUGUGAACACAUUCUGAGAGAGUAAUUUAUAGCAUAUUUUAGCUUCUCCCACCCUUCUUAUUUUAUGUGUAUAACUUGUAUAGGAGCAGUAGGCAGUAUUGUGGCAACAGUGGAAGACAUUAUAGAACGCCGCUGUUUCCUAUAAUGCUGUUUCCUGCUUUUGUUGCCAACAGGCCAAGGAUGCAGAUUCCUCCAUCGUGGUUAUUGUUGAAGUGAAGGCUAGAGUGAACUGA